UUGAAGAAGGCGAAGAUGAGGAUAGAAGAGCUAGAACAGUGCCCUGCUCUCCCUUCUCCUCCUCCCCCUUCUCCUUUCCCGGCUCUGCACCUGUCCUGCCAAUCUUCGAGGCUGGAGUUCAUGAGUGCUAAGGAGGACUCCAACCCGGCCAUGCAGAUUCUCUCUCCUCCCUCAUGUCUUCGAGGAGAAAGUCUCACUCUUUCUCUCUUGCCUUGCGAUGAUCACAGCUGCAAGAUGUCAGAUAGCUUCGUCAGCGCCAAGCAAGGAGGGCAGGUUGAAGAGAAGUUGAAACUACACAUUGUUCUUGAACCGAUCAUCAGACACAUCGAGAAUCAUGUCGAAAACAUGGUUUCGUUAUGCACCAAAGCGAAACAUGCCUACCAAGAGCAGCUCCAACUCAUCCAACAGCAAUCAGCCCAUCUUGAAAGAACCUGCACCCAACUCAGUGUCGAGCGCGAUCGAGCGAUCAGCGAGAGGAAUGUUCUGGAGGCUGAGAAGAUUCUGGGGACAUGGAUGGCCAGUAAGCGUUCGCACGCGAGCCGCCACUUGGCCGGAUGAGCAGCGAGGUUCGGAGUGAUUUUGGAAGAUACAUUCUCAACAUAAGAGUAAACGUAACUGACGCCGAACAGCAGUGGAGUUCUCUUGGCUCCUAGCGCUUUUGCACUGACUCAGAGCUGCAUGGCGGCUCGGAGAGUCAGCCACAGGCAGAGGCCCGUGAGGUCCUGCGGCUCCGACGGGCCCUUGGCCGGCCUCUCGGUCUGGGAAAGGUGUUUGU